AGCUACUAAGUGUAUCUUCCUUGGCUACUCAAUGACUCAGAAAGGGUAUAAGUGCUAUAACCCUAACUUCCAUAAGUCACUUGUGUGCUCCAAUGUCACCUUCUUUGAAUCAGUUCAUUUUUUCUCAGAUACUGUGGUUUCUUCUCCUUCCUCCGUAGUUCCUCUUCCCGUCCCUGUUGCGGAUCCCCUUCCUGUGGUUCUCAUUCCAGUUGCAGAUUCACCUUCCAUGCCAGUUACUACUGAGAGACCACCAAUCAAACAAGUGUAUACUCACAGAAGAGUACCGACUCCUCCAAUUCAGCCCUUGUCGACAAAUCUUGUCAUUGCUUCUUCUCCCUUAGACCUUGAUCUUCCUAUUGCCCUGCGGAAAGACUGUCCAAGAAGCCCUUACCUCCCCAGGGUGGCGGCAAGCCGUGGAAGAGGAACCCUCUGCUCUACAACACAAUCACAUGUGGGAACUCACUGCUCUUCCUCCUGGUAAGCAUGUUGUUGGGUGUAAGUGGGUCUACACAGUGAAGUAUCUUUCAGAUGGCAGUGCGGAGCGAUUGAAGGCCAGGUUAGUGGCCAAGGGCUAUUCUCAGUUGUAUGGUGUGGACUAUAUGGAGACAUUUUCUCC